AUGGUAAGCGUACUGGUUACAGGAGCCAAUGGUUACAUUGGAUUUGAAACAGCUCGUCAGUUACGUCAAGCAGGUCAUACGGUUUAUGGUUUAAUUCGUAAUUCAGAUCAUGAGAACAAAUUAUUGGUAGAAGAAAUUAUUCCAGUCAUUGGUGAUUACAGCGAUUUCAAAUGGCUUGAUUCGAUCGUUGAUCAGAUUUCGACUGUCAUCGAUCACGUCGUUGUGUUAGGCGCUAGCGACCACUCGCCACCAAAAAAGAAUGUUAUUGAAAAAUUACAAAAAGCUGGCAAACAGACAGGCGUCUAUAAACGAUAUGUGAUGACAAGCGGAUGUCUAGUUUAUGGCGAUCAAUAUGGUGAUAAAGUCUUAGAUGAAAAUUCACCUGCUCUUUCGAAAGAAUUCAAAUGGCGGUCAGAUUUUGAAUCAUACGUUUGUGAUGAGAAGCAACAUUCAAAUGUAAACGGAGUCGUUGUUCGACCAAAUUGGGUUUACGGUUUGAGUUUCGGUUGUUAUAUAACAGACUGGUUUGGUGGUACAAAGGAUGGAAAAAUUCCGAUUGCUGGUAAGCCUGAUAAAAAAUGGAGUUGGUCCCAUGUAAGCGAUUUAGCUCGAGCAUACGUACUGAUUGUUGAAGCAGCACGAAGUUUGGUGGCUGGGGAAGUAUUCAAUGUCGGAGACGAUAGUCGCUUCAGUUAUGAAGAGAUACGAACAGCAUUUGCACGAGCCGCCGGUAUUACUGGGGAAAAAGUGUACGUUGAAGCGGAAGGUUUUAUGAAAUUCUUCGAACACGAUAUGCUAAUAAGUUCGGAGAAAAUUAAACGUACACUGGGUUGGAAACCACACCAUUUGUCACCAUUGGAUGAUAUUCAACUACUCUAUAAAGCGUUUAGAGCUUCACAAGCAACACGCUGA